AUGUCUGGAAAGGGUAAAGGUGGUGCUGAAGGUAGUGCUGACAUUCAAUGCUACAUAGACUCUGAGUUUCGCUACAGCCUCUUCACUGUUUUCUACAGCAUCAUUUUCAUUCUGGGCUUUGUUGCCAACUGCUACGUGCUCUGGAUUUUCAGCCGUAUUUACCCCACCAAGAAACUCAACGAAAUCAAGAUAUUCAUGAUGAACCUGACAGUAGCUGACCUGCUCUUCUUGGUUACGAUGCCAAUGUGGAUUGUUUACUAUCACCACCAUGGAGACUGGAUCAUGCCUGAGUUCCUCUGUAAUGUGGCUGGCUGUUUAUUUUUCGUUAACACCUACUCUUCUGUUGCCUUCCUGAUGGUCAUCACAUACAACCGUUACCAAGCCGUGACUAAUCCCAUUAAAGCUGCUCAGCUUACCACCCAGAGAAGGGGUAUCUACUUAUCAGCAGCUAUCUGGAUCAUAAUAGCGGGCAGCUCUUUGUAUUACCUUUUUGACAAUAAUACUAAUCAGGAGGUGACGCAUUCGAAGAAUUUCACGCGGUGCUUUGAGCGCUAUGACUCUUCUGGCAGUGUUUCAGCUGUUCUCGCCAUUCAUGUCAUCAUCUGCAUCCUCUUCUAUAUCAUUUUCUUUUUUAUACUAGGCUGGAACAUCAUCAUCAUCAGGACCCUCUUCUCCAAAUCAGUGCAGUCACAGAAGAGUGCUCAUGUCAAGCAAAGGGCACUCUGGAUGGUUUGCACAGUGCUGGCUGUGUUCAUCAUAAGUUUUGUACCUCAUCACAUAGUGCACCUGCCCUGGACCCUGACUGUUCUGGAGCAGUGGCAGAGAGAAAACUGUCAGUUGCGCCAACAACUCAAUGAUGCUCACCAGGUGACUUUGUGCCUCUUGAGUAUGAACUGUGUGUUGGACCCAAUCAUCUACUGCUUCCUCACCAAGAAGUUCCAGAAGCAUCUUUCAGAAAACCUGAAAAGCAUGAAAGGGAGUCGCAAGUGCUCCAGGCAAACCACUGACACGGUGAUUGAGGGCAUCAUUCACCAAGAGGAUGCCAUCAGGAUCUAG